AUGGAACAAGUGAGGAAACAGUUGGGACAGUAUGUUCCUGCUAUCCGUUGUAUCGUGUCACCAAAUACGGGAACUAAAAUACAAAAUGUUUGCGAUAUAAUGGAGAAUCAUAGGUACGUAGCAGUACCAAGAGGUGAGGCGCUUAAACUGUUAGAUUAUCAUAAAGCUGAUGAAAAAUCACGCUAUGCAUCAAAUCAUCAUACUUCAUCAGAAUUAUUUGAGAAGUAUUGGAGAAAACGUCAUAUACGUUUAAAAAGUCAAGUUGGUAGAUUAUCUGAUGGAUUUCGUCGUAAUGUCAAAGUUAUAUAUGUUUAUCGUAAUGGUGAUACAUUUACACCAGCUAUACGUGUACAUUUAAGGCCUAUACAAGCAAUGGAUUUUGAGUUAAUUAUGCGUGCAAUUGAAGAUUGUGUUAUUUUACCAUAUGGAAAAGCUGUUCGAAGACGAGAUUCAGUUCACAACAUUCAAUCUGAAAAUAUUUGA